GAGACGGAGCAAAGGUGAGAAUUUCGGAGAGACAGAAAGAUACGAUUCUCCAGAGAGAAGAGAGAAACACAAGAUCCAUGGCGGCUUCAAAGCUUCAAGCUCUCUGGAAUCACCCUGCCGGGCCCAAAACCAUUCAUUUCUGGGCGCCGACCUUUAAGUGGGGUAUCAGCAUUGCUAACGUUGCAGAUUUUGCGAAACCUCCGGAGAAACUUUCUUACCCUCAACAAAUAGCGGUCGCAUGCACUGGAGUUAUCUGGUCACGCUACAGCACUGUGAUCACUCCCAAAAACUGGAACCUCUUUAGUGUGAACCUUACCAUGGCCGGGACAGGUCUCUAUCAACUCGCCCGGAAAAUCAAGCACGAUUAUUCAUCUGAAGCAGAGCCUGCUGUUGCAAAUGAAUGAAUGAUGAUCAAGGCCGAACCUUUCUCAUUGUGUUUGGAUUCUGGAAUGACAGAGUCACGGUAACACAUUGUUCACGAUUUGGAAACACAUUGCAGAAUGCUAAAAUUUAAUUGGGUAAAAACAAAUUAAUGGUCGGCUCAGUUCUUAAUCA